CAUACCUCUUGCCCCCUAGCUCUUCACCAACUCAACCACCUAUUCCAAGCCUAGUGGAGGCUUUCAUUUCCAUCAAAUUCUCCAUUUGUGAGGAUGAUGAAGAAAUGAUAACGAGACAACCAAAAACAAUAGACAGACUUGCGCAGAAAUUUUGGUUCUUUCUGUACCAUGAAAACGAGAGAUUCAUUCCCGUUGUUUUUGGUUGAUAUGACUCAGGAUUGGCAUCUUGUUCCAGAAUGACAAGCCACAGACAGUGGCCUUAGUCAUCUGCACUCGAAGAACACUAAGAAUGUCAACUGAGCUCUUCUAGAAACAAGUUUUACUCCUAUCACACAAAAAUGUCAACUGCAUUACCUGAAAGAAACACAUCUUGCAUCCACGAUGAACAGGGUAAAGAAAUGUCACAUACAACCUCUUUGUGCGUGUAUCACAUGCAUAUGCAACUGUGCGGGCAAAGUAAAGCAUAUUUCAACAGUAAAGGUUGAAAUUGCGCGUGCCCUACUACGUACGAAAAGAAAAAGGAUAAGCCAAUCUGCUCUGGUGUCCCUUCAAUGCAUAUUCAUUUAGGCUUAGUUGAAGGUCUACUCAUCAUGAGAAAAGAGGAUGAAAGUGUAAGGAGCAAGGGUUCUCAUAAAAGAAACAUUACUGGACACUUGCAACAGAAGAAAAAUGAUCUUCAUCAGAACAUUUCUGCUUCUGCUCCAGCAUUUAUUUCUAAUGUCUCCUUUUGCAGUUUCAGGUUCUCACCACCAUCGUAACCAUUCCUUGCUUGCUGACAAGGCUGCUCUUCUAGCAUUCAAAAAGACCAUAGUUUUUGAUCCAAAGUACAUGCUAGCUACCUGGACUGAAGAUGGAGAUGUUUGCAGCUUCACAGGUGUCAGAUGCGACAAACAUCGACAGAGUGUGGUAAAACUCAAUCUGUCCCGCAGUGAACUCACAGGGCCACUGUCUCCCAUCAUUUCAAAUCUCAGUGGGCUUCGAAAUCUCAGUCUUUCUGAGAAUAACUUUUAUGGCAUUAUUCCUCCUGAAUUUUCUUCUCUUCAGCAUCUGCAUUCUCUCUUGCUAGACAGCAACAAUCUACAUGGCCCAUUUCCAGAAUUUCUUUCCAUUCUUCCCAACCUUACUGUGCUAUCUCUCAACGGAAACCAUUUGACGGGCACACUUCCACCUUCCUUCUUCUCAAACUGCACUUCAUUAGCAAAUAUAGACCUGUCCCAGAACUUGCUCACAGGCCGAAUUCCUGAAGAGAUCGGAAAUUGUCCAGGCAUCUGGAACCUCAAUUUGUACAACAAUCAAUUUACAGGAGAACUUCCUGCAUCUUUAGCCAACAUUUCAGAGUUAUAUAAUAUAGAUGUGGAGUAUAACAAUCUCACUGGAGAAUUGCCUGCAAAUAUCAUAGGGAAACUAUAUUCAGUUGUCUCACUGCAUUUCUCGUAUAAUAAUAUGGUCAGCCAUGAUCGCAACACCAACCUCGAGCCAUUCUUCACAGCACUUGCAAAUUGUACCGAAUUAGAGGAGCUUGAGAUGGCUGGUAUGAAUCUUGGAGGAAGAUUGCCCAGUUCCAUUGGCCGACUUAGUGUCAAUCUAGAUACCAUGUUAAUGCAAGAAAACAGGAUCUCUGGAAUGAUCCCUUCAGAAAUAGCACAUCUUUCCAAUCUUACAGUGCUGAAUUUGACGUCCAAUUCUCUAAAUGGAACCAUUCCAGCCGAAAUCAACCAGAUGUCUUCCUUGGAGCAGCUUUUCUUAUCACACAACUUAUUAACUGGUGCAAUUCCAGCAGCAUUAUGUCAGCUCCCUCGUCUUGGUCUGCUUGACCUGUCAAACAAUCAACUCUCUGGUGAAAUUCCUGCAACUCUAGGAAACUUGGUUCGACUGAGUUUUCUGUUUCUCAACAACAACCUCCUUUCUGGAACUAUUCCUCCAACAUUAGGGCAGUGCACUGAUCUGUCCAAGCUGGAUUUGUCCUAUAACAAAUUGACAGGGAGCAUCCCUACAGAAAUAUCGGGUAUACGUGAGAUCCGAAGAUUUCUAAAUCUUUCACACAAUCAUCUUGAUGGUCCUUUACCUAUAGAACUCAGUAAGCUGGAAAAUGUGGAAGAGAUAGAUGUUUCAUCAAACAACCUCAGUGGAAGUGUCUUCUUUCAGAUAUCAAGCUGCAUCGCAGUGAAGCUGAUAAAUUUCUCACAUAAUUCUAUUGAAGGGCACCUGCCUGAUUCCAUUGGUGAUCUAAAGAACCUUGAAUCCUUUGAUGUUUCCGGAAACCACUUGUCUGGAGGGAUCCCAACAAGCCUCAACAAAAUUCAAAGCCUCAGUUUCCUAAAUCUUUCUUUCAACAACUUUGCAGGAGUAAUACCCUCUGGCGGUGUCUUCAAUUCUGUCACAGAUAAGUCAUUCUUAGGCAAUCGGCAUCUUUGUGGCACAGUUUAUGGCAUGCCGACAUGCUCUCGAAAAAGAAAUUGGUUUCACUCACGUAUGUUGAUUAUAUUUGUACUGGUCAUAUUUGCAUCAGCUAUCUUAACAACAAUAUGUUGUGUGAUUGGAAUCCGCAGCAUCAAGGCAAAUGUUUCCUCUGGAAACUCAGUGGACACAGAGCAGGCAAAAAAAUCAAAAACACCGGAACUGAUCCACAAUUUUCCAAGAAUUACAUAUAGAGAACUCUUGGAAGCCACAGAAGGAUUUGAGGAGCAGAGACUACUUGGGACGGGUGGCUAUGGCCGUGUUUACAAGGGGCUUCUUCAAGAUGGGACAGCCAUAGCCGUAAAGGUAUUGCAGUUGCAGUCUGGAAAUUCAACCAAGAGUUUUAACAGGGAAUGCCAGGUGUUGAAGAGGAUUAGGCACAGAAAUUUGAUAAGGAUCAUAACAGCAUGCAGUCUUCCUGAUUUCAAGGCUCUUGUUCUUCCACACAUGGCAAACGGAAGCUUGGAUAGCCGUUUAUAUCCACAUUCAGAGACAGGUUUGUGUUCAUGCAGUUCCGAUUUGACUCUUCUCCAGAGGGUUAGCAUUUGCAGUGACAUAGCAGAAGGAAUGGCCUAUCUGCAUCACCACUCUCCCGUUAAAGUCAUACAUUGUGAUCUAAAGCCAAGUAAUGUUCUUCUCAACGAUGACAUGACCGCUCUGGUUUCUGAUUUUGGUAUAGCAAGAUUAGUUAUGACUGUUGCGGGUGGAAACGGUGGGGCGGUUGAGAAUAUGGGAAACUCUACAGCAAAUUUGUUAUGCGGAUCAGUUGGAUAUAUCGCACCAGAGUAUGGGUUUGGAUCAAACACUUCUACAAAAGGAGAUGUUUACAGCUUUGGCGUUCUAGUUCUUGAGAUUUUGACCAGAAAAAGGCCAACAGAUGACAUGUUUGUUGAUGGGCUAAACCUACACAAAUGGGUGAAGACUCACUACCAUGGGAGAGUCGAAAGAGUGGUAGACUCUUCCUUGAUGAGAGCUUCAAGAGAUCAAUAUCCUGAAGUGAAAAGGAUGUGGGAAGUUGCAAUCGGAGAAUUAGCUGAGUUGGGUAUUCUUUGCACUCAGGAGUCCCCCACUACUAGGCCUACAAUGCUCGAUGCUGCUGAUGACUUGGACAGACUAAAGAGGUAUCUCAGUGGCGACACAACUGCCACUUUUGCUUCCUCUCUAGGAAUGUCGUCAUCCACUCUCAGUGAUGACUAACACCUUCCCUAUUUUCUGUACGUGCACUGUAACGCCUCUGGCAUCAGAAUAUUAUUUUAACCUUUCAAGAAUUUGACUAAAAAUCACCAGCAA